UGUCUCAACACACGCGACAAUAACACUUGGGGCCUUGCCCUUGGACUGCUUUCGUUCAACUUUAUCUCACGACCUCUUUACGCUCCAUAUACCACAUUCAGUCAUACAUCAAAUCACUUCCUGGUUAACCGAGGCUGUUGGAGCAUGUUUAUCGUUUACAUUCAGCCUUCCACUGCCACGGCGUCAAACACAUCGGUCACAACUGCGAUGUUAUUUAGAGUGUACAGACAACAUACGUCAGAUAGCUGCAUUCCUGGAUCCUCGGCCGACUUUGAUCACCAACUGAUGACCAUUAUCAUAAUGUUUAUACUAAUCAGUUUGAUCCUGAUGAAAGGUGCAACAUGCAGCAGCCUUGCCAGUGGCUGUCACACCAGCUACAGUGCAACAUACCAGGGUAAGGUCACCAACUGUCAAAAGCAGAAUCUCACUCAAGUGCCAUCAUAUCUUCCUAAGGACAUCGUAGUUUUGGAUUUACAAGAUAACCUACUCGCCAGUAUACCCAACAACAGUUUUAGCACUUUACGGAAGCUGAGAUUCCUAUUCCUCAGCCACAAUCCGUUAAAGACACUGCAGAGAGAAGCUUUCAGAUGUCUGGAUAAACUGGAAACCUUGGAAAUGUCUUGUGACACGCUUUCAUUGGACGUAACAACGUACCCAGAUGGGCUGUUCCAGCAUCUAGUUCAUCUGAAGAGAUUGGUUCUUAUAGGAAGUAUAAAUGGUGACGCACCAUUUCCUACUGAUAUUGUUCAAGGCCUGAAAAGCCUGGAAGAGCUGCAUAUUAACUCAUGGCCUGAAGGUGGAAAGUGGCCUCAAUUAGAACUAGUGAAAGACACACUCACAUUUCUGGACAUCGACACCAUUGGAGUACCUAUUCUUAGAAACACAACAUUUCAAGCUUUGCGUGACAUUCCACUUAAAAUGUUUUUGGUAAAUGGACUCCUAACAAACAUCGAAGCAGGAACAUUUUGCCCCUUUACGAACCUAACCAAGCUUUUGAUAUCUACCUCGUAUGGAAGCCCAAUUAAGUUAGUCUCUAUAACAAGAGCACUUCAGUCUUUAGCUGGAAGAAAGUUGGAGGAAAUAAUUCUAACCCGAGUUGUAACCACAGGAGAAAGCUGUGUGAUGCUAACAGAGGAAAUGUUCAAUUAUCUUGCAGAUAUAUGUGUAAAGAAAGUAGACUUGUCAAACAAUAAGAUUACUCAGUUGAUGGUAAUGCCAUAACCAAUUCCACCUUUUUCAGAUGUAUAGAAUAUCUGGACUUGUCCAAAAACAUGUUUAAUGGUGGCAUGAUCAAACCUGUUUUAAUUAACAUGCACUUCAUGGAAAAUCUUAAAUAUCUAGAUUUGUCUCAAGUCCAUAGAAUCAGCAGUUCUCUCACUCAUACAUAUAA